AACGAAAUGAAGCGGCGGCACGGAAGCGAUUCGGAUCGGCAUGAUACGACCGUGACAGCGUCGGAUCAAACCUUCUUUGACACGCAUGGAUACCUCCUGCUGCCUCAAUCCCUCAGCGCUGCUCAACUAAGUGAGCUUCGGGAAGAAUGCGACCAAUUGUACGCCCACACGUCAGCCGACGACCUUGUCGACAUGGGCUGCGUGUUGGACAUUUUCGCGUCUGGCAACCGCACGCAGCGUUCUCGAGUCGACCUAGAAGCUUACGUCGCCCUUCGCAACGCGUUGGUCCAUCGACCAUUGUCCAGCGAUCUGCAGGCACUGCUCUUUGACGAGCUGCCCGCCAACAUGCAAGCGCUACUUCCACAUGGUACUGGCCCAUUCGUGUACUUCUUCAACGAGCAUUACGUGGUCAAACCACCGCAGUCCAACGUCGAGUUUCGAUGGCACCAGGACGACACAGAGCAACUCGGGAUGUGCGUCCACCGCGAAUCCAUUCCAUGGUACCUCUCAGCAUGGAUAGCGCUUGACGACGUGACAUCGACGAACGGCGCGCUGCAGUUCCGGGCGCUCCAAGGCCCCGACCAUUGCAGCUCCGAGCCUGUUCUAGCGUCUGCAGGGUCCAUUCUCGCAUUUCGGUCGGACGUGUGGCACUUCUCGGCCGCCAACACGUCGGAUGCGAUCCGAAGGGCGUUUUACGUGCAGUACUCGCCGGUCCCGAUAACGAGUCGCCCUUCGUCCAAAGCUCCCCUCUGCUGUGCGAUUCCUCUUCUGCCUCAAAUCUCAGACACCAAAUCUGCUAAGCGCCCGUCGAACGCGACAAAGACAACAUGAAGCAAUAUCCCCACGCGCAUAAAGUCAAACACCAUGCCGGGCGCCCUUGCCAUCGCGCUUGCAAAACAUCGCUCGAGCCAAAGAAUUCAACUACAAACCAUAGGAUGGCGUGUGCAGGAUGGCCUGCAUGCUGAUGAACGUGUAGCGAGAGCCAAUGUAUUCGUCUGCUCGUACAGGA